AUGAACCGCCAGUUCACCUGCAAGUCAGGGGCUGCCGCCAAGGGGGGCUUCAGCGGCUGCUCAGCAGUGCUCUCAGGGGGCAGCUCGUCCUCCUACCGGGCAGGGGGCAAAGGGCUCAGUGGGGGCUUCGGAAGCCGGAGCCUCUACAGCCUGGGGGGCAUCCGGAACAUCUCCCUCAACAUGGCCAGCGGCAGCGGGAAGAGUGGUUAUGGAUUUGGCCGGGGCCGGGCCAGUGGCUUUGCUGGCAGCAUGUUUGGCAGUGUGGCCCUGGGGCCCGUGUGUUCAACUGUGUGCCCACCUGGAGGCAUCCAUCAGGUCACUGUCAACGAGAGCCUCCUGGCCCCCCUCAACGUGGAGCUGGACCCUGAGAUCCAGAAAGUGCGCGCCCAAGAGCGGGAGCAGAUCAAGGCUCUGAACAACAAGUUCGCCUCCUUCAUCGACAAGGUGCGGUUCCUGGAACAGCAGAACCAGGUGCUGGAGACCAAGUGGGAGCUGCUACAGCAGCUGGACCUGAACAACUGCAAGAACAACCUGGAGCCCAUCCUCGAGGGCUACAUCAGCAACCUGAGGAAGCAGUUGGAGACACUGUCUGGGGACAGGGUGCGGCUGGACUCAGAGCUGCGUAGCGUGCGGGACGUGGUGGAGGACUACAAGAAGAAGUAUGAGGAAGAAAUCAACAGGAGGACAGCUGCAGAGAACGAGUUUGUGCUGCUCAAGAAGGACGUGGAUGCAGCUUAUGCCAAUAAGGAGGAGCUCCAGGCCAAGGUGGACUCCAUGGAUCAGGAGAUCAAGUUUUUCAAGUGCCUCUAUGAAGCCGAGAUCGCUCAGAUCCAGUCCCACAUCAGCGACAUGUCCGUCAUCCUGUCCAUGGAUAACAACCGGGACCUGAACUUGGACAGCAUCAUUGACGAGGUCCGUGCCCAGUAUGAAGAGAUUGCCUUGAAGAGCAAGGCUGAGGCUGAGGCCCUGUACCAGACCAAGUUCCAGGAGCUGCAGCUGGCAGCUGGCCGGCAUGGGGAUGACCUCAAAAACACCAAGAACGAAAUCUCGGAGCUCACCCGGCUCAUCCAGAGAAUCCGCUCAGAGAUUGAGAAUGUGAAGAAGCAGGCUUCCAACCUGGAGACGGCCAUCGCCGAUGCCGAGCAGCGGGGCGACAGUGCCCUGAAGGAUGCCCGGGCCAAGCUGGACGAGCUGGAGUCCGCCCUGCACCAGGCCAAGGAGGAGCUGGCCCGGAUGCUGCGGGAGUACCAGGAGCUCAUGAGCCUGAAGCUGGCCCUGGACAUGGAGAUCGCCACCUACCGCAAGCUUCUGGAGAGCGAGGAAUGCAGGAUGUCAGGAGAAUUUCCCUCCCCUGUCAGCAUCUCCAUCAUCAGCAGCACCAGCGGCAGCAGUGGCUAUGGCCUCCGGCCCAGCUCUGUCAGCGGCGGCUACGUGGCCAACAGCAGCAGCUGCAUCUCGGGCGUGUGCAGUGUCCGCGGUGGGGAGGGCAGGAGCCGGGGCAGCACCAGCGACUACAAGGAUACCCUGGGGAAGGGCUCCAGCCAGAACGCGUCCUCCAAGAAAGCCAGCAGGUAGAGAGGGCCGUCCGAUGCCCUCCUGCCACCCGUGCAUCCCCAGCUGUCUCCCACACACGCUCUUCCCCAGCCCACCAGCAGCCCCAUCUCUACCCAGCCCUGCUCUCGUACCUCCAGUGCUGGCCUUGGCCACCCACUUCUCCCAGCCUGUGUCUUCCUGAGCCUGGACAGGUGUGGAUGACUAAACCUGGG